CACUCGGUGCAGGUGGCCUGGCGGCAGAAAACCGCCUUGUGAAAGUCGCCUUCCGCCCAGGAGCUGGCCAGGGGCCUCCUGGGCAGCGCCGGGAAUCCCCAGCCCUUGCCUAGACCGUCGUGGUUGUGCCAGGCCCCGAGCCUGGAUCUGUCUUCUCCUGCCCUGGAGGGAUGGGGGUGUGUGGAGGGGUCCGCUCCAGGCCGCCAACAACCCAUCACCGUUGAUGGAGCCGGAGUGCCUGUCCUCUGCUCUAGGCCCUGUGCUGAGGUUCCCCAGCCUCGCAACAGUCAACCCUCAGUCAGUCCUGUGAAACGGGCUGGGUUCUCCCUGCAGAGCUGAAGUGACCUGAGGCUCUACCCGGCAGGGCAGCGUGCUGCUCCUCCCCAAGGGUUUCCUGUCCCAGCACCUGCCCUUGAGGUUCCUGCUCCUGGAUUCUAUCAGAUUCUCACAAGCUUGUGUCUCCCCAGCAAGGUAGCUGCUCAUCCGACUGGGCCUCUGGCAUCCGACCAGGGCCUGUGAGCACGUGCUGAACACGGAUGGGCCGCAGUGUGACCUGGAAAGGAAGGGGUCCAGGCAGUGUCCUUCAGCCCAACUUCCAGCUGUAACAAAUGGGGAAACCCGAGGCCCAGAGAAGGGAAAAUCCUCAUUAAGGUCACCCCGAGCGGAGAGCAGAAGCCCAGGCCAGGGUUUUCUCCGUGAAGAUGGGAGUUCAGGUCGUUUCGCCGAUUCGCACGAGCUGUCAGAGCUGGUCCCUGUCCCACCAGAAGCUGCUGACAUGGCUGAGCGUGCUGGAGUGUGUGGAGGUGUUCAUGGAGAUGGGGGCCACCAAGGUGUGGGGUGAAGUAGGACGUUGGCUCGUCAUCGCCCUCAUCCAGCUGGCCAAGGCUGUACUUCGGAUGUUCCUGCUGAUCUGGUUCAAGGCUGGCCUCCAGACCUCACCCCCCAUUGUUCCACUGGACAGGGAGACCCAGGCACAGUCCCAGGAUGGUGACCACAGCGCUGGCAGCCAGGAGCAGUCAUAUGUGGGGAAGCGGUCAAACCGGGUAGUGCGAACCCUCCAGAAUACUCCGUCCCUGCACUCGAGGCACUGGGGGGCCCCGCAGCAGCGCGAGGAGCUGGGUGUCACCCCCACCCCGCUGGGGCUGCAGGAGACCAUCGCCGAGUCCUUGUAUAUCGCCCGGCCCCUGCUGCACUUGCUCAGCCUGGGCCUCUGGGGUCAGCGGUCGUGGACACCCUGGCUCCUGUCUGGUGUCGUGGACGUGACCAGCCUGAGCCUCCUGAGCGACAGGAAGGGCCUGACCCGGAGGGAGCGCCUGGAGCUGCGGCGCCGGACCACCCUGCUGCUCUACUACCUGCUGCGCUCCCCGUUCUACGACCGCUUCUCCGAGGCCAAGAUCCUCUUUCUACUCCAGCUCCUGGCAGACCACAUCCCAGGCAUUGGUCUGGUCACAAGGCCGCUCAUGGAUUACUUGCCCAACUGGCAGAAAAUUUAUUUCUACAGUUGGGGCUGAUGGACAUUCCGCAAGUGGGGUGUGGGCAGGGGCAGGGGGUGCCUCAGCCCUUCACGUCCCCUGGGCCCCUCUGCCCUAAUAAACCUGACUCUGGCAGCGUCCA